CAACGAAAUUUGCGCAAAUUCUUGACUUUGAGGAACUGGUUGUGGUGGAAGUUGUACUCCAAAGUGAAGCCACUGUUGAAUGUGGCGCGAGUUGAGGACGAACUCAAAGCACUGGAAGAUAAGCUGAAGAAAGAACACGAGGCCUUCGAGAAGGAGGAGAAACUCCGCAAAGAACUCGAGACCAAAAAUGUUCAGCUCUUGCAGGAGAAGAACGAUCUCUUCCUCCAAUUGGAGUCCGAGAGGUCCUCUUCGGGAGACGUCGAGGAAAGGCUUCUCAAACAUAUUUCACAGAAGGCAGACCUCGAGAAUCAACUCUCUGACCUUCAAGACCGACUGUCCCACGAAGAGGACGCCCACACUUCGCUCACUUCAUCCAAGAAGAAGUUGGAGGGAGAGCUCAGUCAACAAAAGAAAGAGAUUGAAGACAUGGAACUCUCGCUCCAGAAAGCAGAACAGGACAAGUCCUCGAAAGACCAUCAAAUCCGAAACCUGAACGACGAGAUCGCACAUCAGGACGAACUCAUCAACAAAUUGAAUAAAGAGAAGAAGAAUUUACAAGAAGUCAGUCAAAAGACAUCGGAAGACCUUCAGGCGACUGAAGACAAAGUGAAUCAUUUGAAUAAAGUGAAGGCAAAAUUGGAGCAAACCUUAGAUGAACUCGAAGACAGUCUCGAAAGAGAGAAGAAACAGAGGGCAGAGAUCGAGAAGAAUAAGCGUAAGAUUGAAGGCGACCUCAAACUGGCUCAGGAGGCCGUCACUGAUCUCGAGAAGAAUAAGAAAGAGUUGGAACAAACCAUUCAACGCAAGGAGAAAGAGAUGGCGAGUUUGGCCGCUAAGCUCGAAGACGAGCAGAGUUUGGUCGCAAAAUUGCAGAAACAAAUCAAAGAACUUCAGGUAAGAAUUUUUGUAGAUGAUAGUGAUGUCAACGUCUCAUAUUCAUUACCAUUAAGAGAUACCACAAGUGAUAGUGACUUUCAAUAUGUGAGGACAGCGAUGCAGUCCAGUGCCGGCGAUGCCCUGUCGGACAAAUCCACUUUUUAUCCGUUGCAGACAAAAGCCCGAUAUAUGCCUCCGACAUGUAAUCUGAGUACCGAAAGCAAACGGAUUGUCCGCCGGGCACAGGACCCCAUACUCCAGAACAGUCCCCGUGUCGUCCAUUUCCUCUAUGAAGCCCGCAUUGAAGAGCUCGAAGAGGAGUUGGAGGCCGAACGUCAGGCCCGAGCGAAGGCUGAGAAACAACGCGCAGACCUCUCGCGAGAGAUCGAGGAAUUGAGCGAAAGACUGGAGGAAGCGGGCGGAGCCACCUCUUCGCAGAUCGAAAUGAAUAAACGACGCGAAGCAGAGAUGUCUAAAUUGAGACGAGAUCUCGAAGAAUCCAAUUUACAACACGAACAGACUAUGUCUGCUCUCAGAAAGAAAAACAACGAUUCAGUGUCCGAACUGUCCGAACAGGUGGACCAACUCAACAAAGCCAAAGCCAGAUUAGAGAAAGAAAAGGCCACUUUGGCUGCCGAAGUAUCCGAUCUUCAAGGGAUUGUAGAUCACACCACCAAAAAUCAGGCUAACACAGAGAAGCAGAACAAGCAGUUGGAGAUGCAAUUGGGAGAAGUGACCGGAAAGUUAGACGAAACCAAUAGGACUUUGGGUGACUUCGACGCCGCAAAGAAGAAGUUGGCCGCAGAGAACUCAGAGCUCCAGAGACAGCUCGAGGACGCGGAAUCACAAGUCGCACAGUUGGGUAAAUUGAAGACAUCACUCCAGACACAGCUCGACGAAGCGAAACGAACCGCCGAUGAAGAGAGCAGAGAAAGAGCUUCAAUUUUGGGUAAAUUCCGAAACCUUGAGCACGAUUUGGACGGCGCCCGGGAAUCGCUCGACGAAGAGAUCGAGGCUAAGGCCGACCUCCAGAGACAACUCAGUAAAGCGAACGCUGAGAUCCAACAAUGGAGGACAAAGUUCGAGAGCGAAGGGUUGGCCAGACUUGAAGAGCUCGAGGAGGCGAAGAAGAAGUUGGGCGUCAAAUUACAAGAGGCCGACGAACACAUCGAACAGCUCAACGCCAAAGUGUCGGGACUCGAGAAGACCAAACAGCGAUUGUCGGGAGAGCUCGAAGACAUGGCCAUUGAGGUCGAGAGAGCCAACGCUUUGGCCUCCACUUUGGAGAAGAAGCAGAAGUCGUUCGACAAGAUUGUCGCCGAAUGGAAACAAAAAGUGGACGAUUUGGCCGCAGAACUCGACGCCUCGCAGAAAGAGUGCCGAAACUAUUCGACAGAACUCUUCAAACUCAGAGCCGCUUAUGAGGAAAGUCAGGAACAGUACGACGCCGUCAAACGCGAGAACAAGAAUCUUCAGGACGAGAUCAAAGACCUGUUGGAUCAGUUGGGAGAAGGCGGACGAUCUGUUCACGAGUUGGAGAAAUCACGCAAACGGCUAGAGAUGGAGAAGGAAGAGCUUCAGGCGGCGCUCGAGGAGGCGGAGGCCGCUCUCGAACAGGAGGAGAACAAAGUGCUGAGGGCUCAGCUCGAGUUGUCUCAAGUGAGACAAGAGAUCGACCGACGACUCCAGGAGAAGGAGGAGGAGUUCGAGAACACCCGAAAGAACCAUCAAAGAGCGCUCGACUCAAUGCAGGCCAGUCUCGAGGCUGAGGCUCGAGGAAAGGCUGAGGCGUUGAGAAUGAAGAAGAAGUUGGAGAGCGAUAUCAAUGAGUUGGAGAUCGCUUUGGAUCACGCGAACAAAGCCAACGCUGAGGCCCAGAAGAAUAUCAAGAAAUAUCAGCAAACACUCAAAGAAUUGCAAACCGCUUACGAAGAGGAACAGCGCGCCAGAGAUGAGGCCCGCGAACAGUACGCUAUGGCUGAACGCAGAUGUAAUGCACUUCACGGCGAGCUCGAAGAGACCCGACAACUGCUCGAACAGGCCGAUAGGGCCCGAAGGAGUGCGGAGGCGGAGUUGGGUGAACUCCAUGAGAACAAUAAUGAACUCUCGGCUCAGAACUCUUCCCUAACUGUGGCGAAGAGGAAACUUGAGGGAGAGAUGCAGGCAUUGCAGGCAGACUUGGAUGAGAUGUUGAAUGAGGCGAAACAGUCUGAGGAGAAGGCGAAGAAGGCGAUGGUAGACGCGGCGCGAUUGGCCGACGAGUUGCGCGCAGAGCAGGAACACGCACAGCAACAGGAGAAGCUGAGGAAGGCUAUGGAGCAACAGAUCAAAGAACUCCAGGUCCGACUCGACGAGGCCGAGGCGGCGGCCCUUAAAGGCGGCAAAAAGAUUAUCCAAAAACUGGAACAGAAAGUGCGAGAAUUGGAACAGGAGUUGGAUUCGGAACAGAGACGACACGGAGACGCGUCCAAGAAUUUGCGAAAAGCCGAACGAAGAAUCAAAGAAUUGCAAUUCCAAGCGGACGAAGACCGCAAGAAUCACGAACGCAUCCAAGACUUGGUCGACAAAUUGCAGCAAAAGAUUAAGACAUAUAAGAGACAGAUCGAAGAGGCGGAAGAGAUCGCAGCUUUGAAUUUGGCUAAGUUUAGGAAAGUUCAACAGGAGUUGGAAGACGCGGAGGAGAGGGCAGACAUGUCUGAGAACGCUUUGGCCAAACUUAGAGCCAGAAAUCGCAGCUCGGCUUCAACUACACGUGCCAUGAGUCCAGGCGUAUGUCAUUCCCAUUCUCACUAUCCAUACGAUUAG